AUGGCUGUUCCGUGUCUAGCCAUGAUGUUUGAUGACAGGGCCACACAUCAAGUACGACAGCUGCGUGAAGACUACGGAUUCAACAAUCAACACACAUGGCCUCGGCGCGACCAGCUCGCCAUUCCCCAGUACAACAGCCAAAUGGCCGUGGAUACACUUCACACUCCCCCAUUGGUCAAACCCGGGAAAAGCACGUGGAAAGCGUCAUGUGACCUCGCGACACAACUAUCCAAGAUAACGGCUUAUCUCAGAUCCUGUGUAUUGCAACGCCCCAGGCUAUCCUGUAUAGCAGACUCUAGAAUUUCUUCUAUUGAGAAAACAAACACCAUAGGCCAUGUCUCCACAAGCCCACAGACAUCUUCAUCAGCCGUUGCUCCACAAAAGGCAAGGCCAUAUGUCCACCAAUCAAGACCAAGCAAGAGGUUACAGGGCAAUGACGACGACUCUGACCGCGAUGAUGAGGAACCCAAAGCCUCCAUGAGCAAGAGAGCGAGGUCAAAGAGCACGCAACACCAAUUUGCCUGUCCUUUUUGGAAACUGGACCCAAACAAGCAGCGUUCAUGUUACAGUGCCACGCUCUCGGAGAUCAGAUACGUCAAACAGCAUAUACUUCGACGUCACGUGCAGCCAACUCACUGUAUAAUCUGCAUGGAAACUUUUGACACCCUCAAGGAUCUUGACCAUCACUUGAUGCAAAGGUCUUGCACAGCCUCGUCAGACCCUGGAUAUGAAGGAAUCAAUGAAUACCAGAGACUUGAACUUCAGUAUUGGUCAGCCAGAAGAGGCUCAUCUAAAGUAGAUCAAUGGUUUGAACUAUGGGAUAUGAUAUUCCCCAGCAUUCCCCGUCCGGAUUCGCCAUUCAUAGACGAAGAAGUCUUUGGAAAGUCCCACCCCGGAUAUGUUCCAGAGCAGUUGAACGCAUUCACAGUUCAUGGAGCACCUGAGAUGUCGCUCAAUCCAUGGAACUCGAACAGAGGCCUACCAUCACUGGACACUGAUGGCUACAAGAUCGCCAACAAGAGACUCAGACUUGCUUGUCCUUAUAAGAAGAUGUUUCCUCAGAUGAUCAGCUCAUCACGACGGCGGAUCUGCUUUGUAGGUGAAUGGAAUUCGGUUCGUCACGUCAAGUAA